AAGGGUUCCUCUGAACCUCGAGGAUCCAGAAGAGAAGCGAAGAGCACUGCCUGCCUCUAUAUAAACUUGGGAAUCCGGUGCUCCUUCUAAAUCUCCUAUCCACUGUUGUCCACCGACAAUUAUCAAGUCAUUCUUCAGAGAACGCAUCGAUUCCGAUCGUGUCCCGAGCGGUCCUUUUCUAGUCCUUCUCAAUUUCACCUAAGUUUCGACCCCAAAAUCCGCCGAGAUGAAGGCUGUCGUGGUUUUCAAUGCCCUUUUGGCUCUCGCGGCCGCAUCCCCUUUGGUCCCUCGUCAGGAUAUUGACUUCGAGCUCGUGGAUGCCGCGCCGGACCCAACUCCCGCGUCGAUUGCCAUAGGACCCACGGCCCAAUCAGCCACCUAUGAUCUUACUGCUGCCACCGAAUCAGCUGGAGUUCCUCUGAUUGUUGACACGCCUGUGGAAAAGCGAAAACUCGUGGGAAGGACUGCAUGCUCCCUACAGCCGGCGGGAGCAGGACCUGUCCCAUCGCCAGACACGGAUUCGGCUUUCCUUGCCUAUGCCUCCUUCGCAUCGAGCGCCUCUGGUGCUCCAACCCCUCCUGGAUACACAAACACCUUCACCAACCUGCAAGCAAGUGUCAAUGCGUAUGGGUAUAUGGGAUAUACCACCCUUAACACAUACGACACGUCUCAGUGCGCUGCCCAAUGCUCUCAAAUGGAUAGUUGCUACGGUUUCAAUAUCUUCUUCGAACGCGAUCCUUCAGUUGAGGCAGGCACGGGUUGCAUGGAUCCGCCCUCGACGACGGUUAUCAAAUGCUCGUUCUGGGGUGGUUACGUUGCUGCGGAGAACGCCCUCAACACUGGACAAUGGAGAAGCGACUUCCACGUCGUCAUUGCCGGGUCCAACGGAUACAUGACUACCGAAUCUCCUGCCGUUGAGGGCUUCACGGUUCAAUCACUUGGGAACAAUGCCAUCAAUGCCCCUUUGGAUUGUAAUGGGAAUGAUACCUAUAUGGGCUCCAGGAUGUAUACAACAAGCACCUUCGAUCCCAACCUCUGUGCACAGACGUGUGCUUCUACAAAUGAGUUUGACAUUGCUCAUCCACCUGCUGACGGCGUACCUAUGAUCUGCAAGUUUUUUGUCACGUAUCUGUUGUCUAAGAAUGGCGCUCCUCAGGGGCAAUACUGCGCUAUGUACACCCAACCCUGGGACCUCUCAUACGCAACGAAUAAUGGUCAAUGGAAUGGCGAUGAUCACUAUACGGUCACUUACGGCUUCUCCUAUUCCAACGAUGCAUCACCAGGACUUCCAGUGUGCCCGAGCGACAUCGAUUACCUUCAGAGUGUUGGCGGCGAUUUCUGUACCUCGUAUAACGAGUAUUCAGCACCAACAGCAACCUCUACUGUAUUCGAUACAACUUAUACAACCACAGUUGUUGUUGCUACUGCACAAGAAACAUCCACUGUGGUUGUACACACCACUACUACUGCCACUAUCACAGCCGCAGCAUACAAGCGCGACGUCGUUGCCAAGCGAGCCAUCGCUACACCAGCGUCUAUCUCAAAUUGGGAAGCAGCAUCGAUUUCAUCGGCGUGCUCGCAAGUCGCCACAGGUACCAUCACCACCGCAGCAACAAAUACUGUCACCAUCCCCAGCACCACCACUAGUUCCACGACACAGUUAAAUCUCGUCUCAACAACUACCGCCGUCACCGCCAUAGUCACCGUCCCGGCUGUUGUCAAUUGCCCUUCGGGCUUCACCAGUGGCGCUAACGUCUACAGUGGUGCAAGCUUCACCGUCUCAUGUAGUGCCACCAUGUCUGGAACCACAUUCGCCACCACAAACGAGCCAAACUUACAAAAUUGUUUGUCGUGGUGUAAUUCCUGGGGCGCCUAUUGCCACGCUGUGAUCUAUGAUACAAGAUAUUACCAAAACUGCAUGCUGUACAGUGCUGCUGGAACCUUAAGUUCAUCGUCGACAGGUACCGUCGUUGUAAGGGCAUAGUAGAUAGAGUCAAAUUUUCUGUCUUGUUUAUCAAGUCAAAGCUCCCGAUUUUUUUUUAAAGAAUCUAGAAUGCUAAUAUGAAUAUUAUUAAUAUAUAAUUUAUACUACAAGUGGAAGAGUUGGUCAAAUUAACAAUAUUUAGCCUUAUGAA